AUCUCACACAAGCGUUGGUUCAUGUCCACCACCGGUUUAUUUAGCACAUGUGCGCUUUGCCAUGUGGUCAAUGUUUGCGUAUAUAUUCGCACACACGAAGCUUAUCAGCAACAUCUUCCCCGGCUAGACGGCCUGCUGAUCACCACGCCAGGAUCUAUGCUAAUGUCAAUCGUAAACGUAAAAGCUGAUAAGCCGAUUCCCGCCGGUACCGCAGCAGAUCACAGAGCCUUUGCUGAUUGGAAUGUAUGCUCCACUGAUUUGUCCUCCACAGUGCUUGGUGAGGAAAAAUGUGAACCCGGUACGGCGUUUAUGGAGGACUGCAACAGAUGUCGCUGUACGGCUGAAGGCGUGAAGGCAUGCACGCGCAGAAUGUGCCCUCCAAACGAGCUGUCCGACGAGGUGGUAUCCCGCACCGACUCCGUAACACCCGAUACGCUGUCGGUCGUCGAAGAGAAGGACGAAAUACACAUACCCAACGGGCAGGUGUGCAUCCCGAACGAGAUCAAGAUGAAGGAAUGCAACCGGUGUCGAUGCGCGAACAACGGUAUCGGAUGGUUCUGCACGCGAAGGUCAUGCCCGCAGCGGGAAAAGCGUGAAAGUCCCGCACCGUUGGAUGAGGAAAAGUGCGUGCCUGGAACGACGUUCCGGGAUAAGGAUGAUUGCAACUCGUGCUUUUGCACGGAACACGGAGUAGCCGCCUGUACGCAGAAGGCCUGCCUGCCGCCAGAUUUUUUCAAAAACCGGCAAAGACGGAACACGCCCCAGACUGACGAUCUGCCCCGGUCCGACAUUGCGCCCGGUGCGCCCGGUUUUCGCUGCACGCCCAAGGCAACCUUCAAGUAUCAGUGCAACACCUGCAUCUGCUCGGAUGAUGGCACGAUGGCCGGAUGCACGUUCAAAUUUUGCGUUCCCGGCGAAUGGUGAAAUGGGGGUGGUAGAUGGUGGUUCCGGUGGUUCCGUUUGUUCCUUUGAGCGAUGGUUAAUCUACUGCCCAGGACGCCGUUCGUGGCUGGACAACGAGUGGUUUUUUGGAUUUCUUUUGUGUUUUAUUCUAGCAUCCAGCAUCGCUUGGCCAAGGCAAAUGCGAUGUAUAUUGUACGAUAUGUGCUGGGAGAAUGAUUAGGGUAGCGAGAGAGAGAGAGAAAGAAAGAGAAAAUAAAAUAAAAGUAUCACUUCAAAACCAACG